GAAAUUUGGAAUCGGACAUUUUUACUGCGUGGUACAGUACAGGAAUGCGGAGGCAGAAAAAGAUAUUGGAGAAUAUGAUGAUAUAAAUGAUGACAUAAAUAAUGCCAUAAAUAGUAGCAACAUAGCUGAUACCAAUGAAGUGUCUACCAACAAACUUGAUGAGGUUAAAACCCAUGAAGCUAUCAAUGAAUAUGACGAUAUUGGAGAAUAUGAUGAUAUAAAUGAUGACAUAAAUAAUGCCAUAAAUAGUAGCAAAAGAGCUGAUACCAAUGAAGUGUCUACCAACAAACUUGAUGAGGUUAAAACCCAUGAAGCUAUCAAUGAAUAUGAUGAUAUUGGAGAAUAUGAUGAUAUAAAUGAUGACAUAAAUAAUGCCAUAAAUAGUAGCAACAUAGCUGAUACCAAUGAAGUGUCUACCAACAAACUUGAUGAGGUUAAAACCCAUGAAGCUAUCAAUGAAUAUGAUGAUAUUGGAGAAUAUGAUGAUAUAAAUGAUGACAUAAAUAAUGACAUAAAUAGUAGCAACAUAGCUGAUACCAAUGAAGUGUCUACCAACAAACUUGAUGAAGUUAAAACCCAUGAAGCUAUCAAUGAAUAUGACGAUAUUGGAGAAUAUGAUGAUAUAAAUGAUGACAUAAAUAAUGCCAUAAAUAGUAGCAGCAUAGCUGAUACCAAUGAAGUGUCUACCAACAAGCUUGAUGAGGUUAAAACCCAUGAAGCUAUCAAUGAAUAUGAUGGAGUGGAGAUGAUACAGGGUACAAAUAUUGAAAAUUCCGGACCGAACAAGAAGAUUGUUUUUUCUGGGGUUGAAAUUAAUCAUAUGCUGAAGAGUCGAGUGAUGAGAAUUAUGAUGAAGAGUAGGAUGCCAGUUAUGAUGAAAUAGCUUCUGACUGAUUCUGCCAAGUAGCAACAGAAUCACCUGAUUACUCCUCAAAAGAUUCUGAUUCUAAAUAUAAGGAACAGCAACAUAUGAAACGUUGCAUUGGUAAGUUUGUAGUCUUGAUCAUUGAUCACCUGAUCAGAAAAUGUAAAUAAUCAGAAUAAG